CAUUAGACAGUUGUUGUAGACUUGUAGUUCUUUUCAUUAAAUGAUAAAUAUGAUCCGUGAUCCGUCAUUGUGAAACAUAGACAUAAUAGAAUUCUGUGAUUAUGUCUAUGAUGUGAAAUGUAAAGUAUUUUUCUAUUCCAUUGAUGAUUUUUCUUAUCAAUAUUAUCCAUAAACCUUGCUAUGCUUACACAAAAUGUGUAUGUUGUAGUUUUUAAGUUUUAUCAUUAUUCCUAAUCUUCAAUAAUUUAGUAUUAGUUCAGAUUCUGAAAGUUGAAAGUUUUUUUGCAACAAUUGAACGAAAGAAUUAUGGCACCCAAAACAUCGUCAGCUACACUUCGUCUGAAACAAGACUACUUACGACUAAAAAAUGAUCCGGUGCCAUAUGUAAUCGCUGAGCCAAAUCCGUCUAACAUAUUGGAAUGGUACUAUGUAGUAAGUGGACCUGACGAUUCACCAUACGCUGGUGGUUAUUAUUUGGGAAGGCUAGUUUUCCCAAGAGAUUUUCCAUUUAAGCCACCCAGCAUUUACAUGAUCACUCCUAACGGCAGGUUCAAAACUAAUACUCGCCUGUGUUUAUCUAUAAGCGAUUACCACCCAGAUACAUGGAACCCAGCAUGGAGUGUAUCUACUAUACUUACGGGAUUGCUUAGCUUUAUGCUGGAGAAUAGCCCAACAAUGGGUAGUAUAGAGAUGACUGAUUACGAGAGGCGGCAAUUAGCUGCUCAAAGCUUAGAAUCAAAUGUACGUGACGAAAAUUUCUGUGAACUAUUUCCUGAACUUACCAUGACAAUACAAACUGAAAUUGAAAAACGGAAUUUGGCUAGAGCUAAUGAAGAGCAGUCACCAAGCAUGGAUAGUAGCCAACCUGAAAACAAUAUUCUUCACUCUGUUGUUUACAACAGUGUUGUAGUGGUCGGCUUUGCACUAUUCAUUUACUUAGUUAGGUAUGUUCUAUAUAACAUGAAUAUUGAGUGAAAUUUCCUACUCAUUCCCUUUAUUUUUAAUUAAUUAAAUUAAUUUUAUGUUUUGAAUAAAAUAUGAGUUGUAGUCAUAUGGAUGAAUAUUAUUAAUCACACAUUGAAAACAAUUGGUUACAACAAUUAUUUAUUUAAAUUGACUGAAUGAUCAACAGUUGUAAUCCUAGCUUUUUUUCUUAUCAUCUAAGUUUCUGAAAUUAACUAAGGUUAAACAAUAUAACUUGUUUUUUUCUUUUAUAUUAGACAGUAUGAAAAAAAAUACAAUUAUUGCAAAGUUCUACCUAGUAAUCCUAAAACUUUAUUUGGUCUAUUCAUUUAUUUUUCUGUAAUAUUUUGAAGUUGGUCUGAUAAUAUAAUAUAAAUACAAUUUGUACAUACUGCAAUUGUUUUGACUAUAAUGAAUUGUUAUUAAUUUUUUUGUUUUAUAUUUAAUCCAAAUGUUUGAGUGUUUGGAAUAAUUUGGUUACUAGUUUUUUAAUGUCUCUUGAAAUAUUUAUAAUACAUAUUUUUAUUUAUUUUGUUGUUGAUUUUUUAAAAUAUUUUUUGUUUACUGAAAAACUAUGUAUUUGUAUACAAUUUAUUUGAAUUAAUAAUUGUCGUUGAAAGAAAUUUAGUCCUAUAUUUAUGUAUAUAAUAAUUUACAUACAUUUUUUUAUUUAAUUAAUUUUAGCUAUUUUAUAUGUUGUAUGAAAUUUUUUUCAAAAAAAAUUAUUUUAGCCCCUAUUAGUCCAAUUUCUUUCUGCGACAAAUAUUUCAAAUAUUGUUAAUUAAUAAUUUAUAAUUCAUCAAUCAUAAUAAUUAAUAAUUAUUAAUUAUUAUGCAAACAUAAAAACUGUUUAAUAUAAGCAACAUAUUUAUCAAAUAUAUAAUAAAUAAAUACCUAUUUAUAAUGGAA